UGUGCUAUUUUGAUCGCCACGCUGCUGUGGCUGGCCCAGAUUCGAUACGACCGUCGUCGCCGCAACGAGUGCGCGAUAUCAUUCUCGGGGCCUCACAUCCAUGCGUAUCUAACAGCUUUUACCUUUUACGAGAGACGGGAAGCGAGUCUUCCUCGCGAGUCGAAGAUAAAUUUUUUUAUAACGGAAACAAUCCGCGAUUGUAGUCAAUCGUGCGAAGUGUAAGACAUUGACGUUAGUUGACGCGAUUGCAAGAAACAGUCGUGACACUUGUCAAAAGCUGAAAACACGUGGAAGGAUAUGAACGAUCAUCUCGUUGGAUCCUGAGCGGUGAAUUUUAGGCGGUCUCGCCAAAGUGCGCGCGCAAAUAUUAAAAUGUGACUUUUCCUCUUUGUGAUGUGGUGCGGUGAUCUCGUCACGUUGCUACGCGAUUUUUGAUCGCGUGACAAUACUGACAUUUAGAUUAUAAUUAUCUCCGAGAACGCUUUCGUGACCUUGAAGAUUAUUUUUCUCGUCAAAUGAUUAUAAGUUUCCUGGUGAGUGCAUCCUCACAUACAUGGAGUUUCAGUUGGAUAGCGCAGAGUAUUGCCAGGCUCAACACAAAUAGAGAGACACGCUCCACAUACUCCCUGACAAUUAUUAGGUACUCUUAGAACAAAGAGAAGAAGGGUAGAAACAUCUUGGAGGGUGGAAAGAAGGAUAUUAAAGUAGAAGAAUUAUCACGCACCGGGGAAGCCAGAAAAAUCAUCGACUAGUCAUCACGCAAGACACAUAGAAGAAUUUAAUAGAAAUUAUUAAUUUACAUUAGUAGAUGCAAGCAUUGUAGAGAUACUGAGCGCACCUGGAGCACCCAGUGCCAAAUAGAUAAUCUUCCGCGAAUUAUAGUCAAAAAGUCUCAAGUAGGAAGGAUAAAGCGCAUAUCAACACCGCCUAAUGUAACGUAGCCCUUACACUUUCGGCGAAGUUCGCACCCCGACAACCCUUCCUAAGAUCUACAUGUAAACCCGUGGUUCUGUCCUCUGUAAAAAAAUAAGAUAUUCUAUUAGUUAAAUGAGAAACAACUCUAUAAGACUGACAUUUAAUGGGCUAAGUUGUCAAAUCCAGCCUUUGUCGCUUCGUAUAGUGUGGCACACGUAUGUGAGAGACUUUGAAAGACAAGUUAUAUAAGAUCUUUAAGAGAGUUAAAAACAAAAGAAAGAAGAUAGAUAAUACAACCAUCUCUCCAUCUUAAGGAGGAAAUGAGCAACAUGAGGGUGAAGGAUAUCAGACCGGCGCCCGCCGAGAUUGAAUACAAAAAUAUGAAGUUCCUCAUUACUGAUCGGCCCAAUGAUCAAACCAUCCAUACCUUUAUCCAAGAACUGAAAAAGCAUAAUGUGAAGGAAGUGGUCAGAGUUUGCGAACCAACGUACAAAGUCGAGGAACUCAAGUCGGAAGGGAUCAAUGUGAUAGAUUUGGUAUUCGACGAUGGUACAUUUCCACCAAACGAGGUAGUGGAUGAAUGGUUCGAAUUGCUAAAAAAUCGAUUCCGGGAAUCACCUGAUGCAUGUGUGGCAGUACAUUGCGUCGCAGGUCUCGGUAGAGCACCGGUUUUGGUUGCAAUAGCUCUCAUCGAGCUCGGACUCAAGUUCGAAGAUGCUGUUGCCCUCAUCAGAGAGAAAAGACGAGGCGCCAUAAACGCAAAGCAGUUGACUUUUCUUGAAAAGUAUCGUCCCAAGUCUCGAUUGAAGCUCAAGAAUGGACAAAAAAAUUCUUGUUGCAUCCAAUAGAUCAAAGAAUUUUUCAAAGGAAAAAAAAAGAAAAGAGAAAAAGUGGGAAGAGAAAAGUCACUAAUCCACAUACCGAUUGAUAUAAAUGUAUAGGUUUUUGCGCCUGAAAACAAGUGGCAUAUUGUAGCAAAUCUAUUCUGAAUGGCCUAUCAAUGGAAAUGCAAUCGUGAUAAAUGUCAAUAAAUUUUGAGGCACUUUUUUUGCACUAAUCAUCUAUUCUAAAUUUUUGAGGCAAGUCAUUAACAAGUGAAUAUAGCUUCAAAUUGUUGUUGGUUCCUUUUGUGAAAUGAUCGCAUACUUAUUUUUGAUACUUGAUCGAUAUUAUAUUAAAUACAUAAUGGGACAAAAAUUAAGCCUUGAAAUAGUAAUAACUAUUUUUAAAACACUUGAAAAUCUCGAUUACAUUAUUGUCAUUCAGCCUUAGUGAUUUCUAAAUUAUGACUUCUAAAUUGUGAGUUAUUAUUCAUGAUAUGUGUACAUUUAUUAUAUAAUAUACCUUUAUUUUCUUUCUUAAUAUACACAAAAGAUAAAAACAAGUAUAGAAUAAACGUGCGCGCAAAAUAUAAUUUAUUUAAUUUAAAAAAGAACAAUAUAGGAAUUAUAAUUGUAAUUAUAAUGAACAUGUGCAGUAGUAUGUACAUUAUCAGUUUGUUAACGUUUCAUUGAGAUGACAAAUUAUAUUGUGUUUUUUGAAAUAUAUAUAAAAGAUAUGUAAAA